CUGCGCAUGCCCGGAAGAGCCCAGCGUUCCGGUGGAGGGGGGGGUAAGAUGGCGGAAGCCGAAGACUACGAGUCCGUCUUGUGCGUCAAGCCGGAGGUCCACGUCUACCGGGUGCCCCCGCGCGCCUCCAACCGCGGCUACCGUGCCGCGGAGUGGCAGCUGGACCAGCCGGCCUGGAGCGGCCGAAUGCGCAUCACAGCCCGGGGCAGCGUGGCCUUCAUUAAGCUGGAGGACAAGAACUCGGGAGAGCUUUUCGCCCAGGCUUCCGUGGACCAGUUUCCUGGCAUCGCCGUGGAGGGCGUGACGGACUCGAGCCGGUACUUUGUCAUCCGGGUCGAAGAUGGGAAUGGUACGACUGGGCGCCGUGCAUUCAUCGGAAUUGGCUUUGUUGACCGCGGUGAUGCUUUUGACUUCAAUGUGGCGCUGCAAGAUCAUUUCAAGUGGGUCAAACAACAGAAUGAGUUGGCCAAAGAAGCCCAAAACCCAACCCCGGUGCCCAAACUUGACCUGGGCUUCAAGGAAGGGCAGACCAUCAAGCUCAGCAUUGCGAACAUGAAAAAAAAGGAUGGCUCCUCGGGAAGUAGGCCACGAACUUCUGACUCCACAGGACUCCCCCUUCUUCCCCCGCCUCCAGGGGGAAAGAUCCCCUUCCUCCCCACGCCUGGAGAGCAGCUUCUCUUGCCUCUUCCGGGACCCUCAGCAGACACCACCCAAACAGAUGUUGCCGGGUCUCGGACCUCACAGCCGCCAAGUUCUUCAAGAGAAGUUUCUGCAGACAUCUGGGGGGAUUUCACCCAAGCUUCUGGGUCCGGCUCUCAGCCUCAGCAGAACUCGGGUUGGGUCCAGUUCUGAAGCAGAAGGGAAGGCCCAAAGGCCAAGGAGAGGAACUCCUUUCGGAGGCCAGAGACCGGGAGAUGGGCCGUGCCUCGCUGGCUCUCCCAACAGAUCCUCUGCCUGGAUGGGUUUGACUUUGGCUUUGGACCUUGUGGCAAAGCAGAGGAGGGGGCUCCCUGCAAAUCGUCUGGCUCUCUCUUCCACCGGCACCUGGGACUUGUGUGUGUGUGUGUUUGUGUGUGUGUAGGGGGCUGCAGUGGCUCAAAUGCCAGCCUGUUGCUUACGAAGCGGAGAUCUUCUCGCCUGCUCUUCUGUCUCUCUUCCUUCCCAAGAGGAGCAAUGUACUUUGGAGGGCGGGGAGGGAAUGGUCGUGCCAGGACAACCAACAAUGUUGGGUUAGGGUCAGAGCCCAAAGGGUUGGGAAGUAGCCUUUGGAGGGACUCUGCCCCGCGGGGGCUUGGGCGCGUCGUUUUCUCUUUCCGGGACUCCACGCGCGGUGGUGGCGGCGGCGUCUUCUUCUCCUGCACUCCGUGUCCCGAAUAAAAACCUUUCUUGCCA